UUGCUAUAUCUGAAUGACUUUUAACCGUCAUCAAACUGAAGGCGCUGUAACUAUAUAUUUUAUAUUACAUUUUGCUAUUCAUAAAGGGUGAAUUUGGUUAUUCUAUAUGAGUGAUGCGGCAUUAAACUGAACCUCGGUUCCGUGACGUCAUGGGUUCCGAGGUGCGAAUGCAGGCGUGCUCGUGUUUGAGGACUCUCUCCAGCUCACGAGACUCCGGGGAGAUCGUGCACGCGCUGCGCACACUCACGCACUACCUGGAGGACGACGAGUUCACGCGCCUACACUACACUCGCGCGCUUCAGGUGCUGGUGAGCGCGCAGAGCUCGCACUGGUUCAACAGAUCACGUGAUGAUGAUGAGGAGAUCAAGAAGCUCUGGGAUGAGAUCUUCCUCAGGGGUCCACCGGACCAAACACUCCUGCUUCUGCUGGACACCAUCAGCUCCACAGGUGAGAGUGCUGGUCUGGAGCGAUGUGUGUCUGUACUGGAGAAGUUCCUCGCUGCUGGUCGUCUCCAGGUGUUGCUGUGGUCCAGAUGUGAGGGAGGUGGUUCCCAUGCAGACACUCCUCAGCUGAGAGAGAUCAUCAUUGGCCACCUUGCAGCUUUACCCUCCAUCACCUCCAACCAUCUGCACACAAACACACCUGACGCCUUCCUGCCACAGCAGUACUACCCACUGCUGGCCGCCAGCAUACUGGACACACUGGAGAAGACAUGCCACGCUCUCAGAGCGGGACGGGACUGCUCUCUCGGGUUUGUUGCUCAGGUGUUGGGAAAAGUGUGUAUUCAAGGAUACAGCUCUCAGAUAUUUGAAAUACUGGCCCCCCGGCUCUCGUCUCUGACCCUCGUGGACCCGCUGUGGCAGCGUGUGACGCAGAGACUCCUGGAGAACGUUCCGGAGAGGUGCACGGAGUGUGUCAUCACAGGACUCAUACGCUGCCUCAGCGGGGCAACUGCUGCGUCCAGGCUGAUGGGAAACCUGGUGGUGACCAAUAAGAAAGCUCAGUUUGUUCUCACUCAUAAACUGUUAUUGCAGCAGUACCAGCACCCAACUCGGCUGGUAAAGUCUGUUCUUGGUUAUUUGGCUCUGGAUCCUGAGCGCCGGAUGCUGCUUAAACAGGUCCUUCGGAGUGUGUGUCAGGUGUGGUGUAACAGCAGUGCCGUGAAACACACAUCUGUGGAACAGCAGCUGUACGUCAGUAAAGCUUUACUGCUGUGUGUGGCUUUACUCACCGAUUCUGAAAUACAAGAACUACGACAAGAGAUGCUGCAGUGCAUGCUGGGAGGUGUCCAGUGUCGUCUGGAUAGCAAUAUUGUGCGUAUUCGUCGGAUGGGUAUGGCCGUGGGCGAGUGUCUUAGCCAUAAAUUAGACACACCUGGAUCACAAUUAAAAUUUCAGUAUGAGCUGGAUGAGGAGAUCACAGAGCUGAAGGCAUUGAUGGAGUCUCCAUCUGUUGAGGAACAUCAGCCUGAUGCCUCCAGCAGUCUUCAACCAGAGCCCAAAGUUCAGGGUUCAACAAGUCGGUCAGUGACAUCAGAGCCGGCUCACGGGAGUGAUUCUGAGCUGGACAGUGAUGAUGAUCUGACUCCAUAUGACAUGUCAGCUGAUCAGGAGAAGAAGGAAUCAUCUCCGCCCCGUUAUGUCAGGGACUGUCUGGAAGCGUUAAUGUCGUCUGAUGAUGCUGACAGGGUUGAACUCAGUCUGCAAGUGUUGGACUCUCUUCUUCGGAAGAACGUGAAGGCCACGCAAGAGGUCAGUGUGCAGUUCAGUAAAGUGCUGCUCCACCUGGAGGACCGGUUCAACACACCACUCUUCCACUCGCUACGGCAGAACGCCAUGGUGGCCCUCACUGUUACCGACAUUAAACCAGUUGUAGAUUAUUGGACGACAGAGUUCUACUCUCUCAACUACAACUUGAGACAGAGACUGGACAUUCUGGAGGUCCUUGCUCUCUCUGCGCAGGAACUGUCUGAGCCAAUCAGGAAUAAGCACACUGGAGCUCAGCCAAUCACUGCAGCAACAGCUAUAGAGCGAUGUGAUGACAUCACACACUGGCGGCAGAUCGUGGAAAAACGGAUCCAGAGCAAAACCAGACGAAUUAGCAAAGGUGGGACUCAACCCGUCAAAGCUGUUCCCAACUGUUACGCUCCAGUCGCUGGAUUUUUCUUCUUCCCGCUGCUCAGGAACUAUGACAGGUCGCAGGUGACCUUUGACCUUCUGGGGAGUGAUCAUCUGGUGCUAGGAAGGUUGCUGCACACACUCGGGCUGCUCAUGCACCUGGCCAUCAAUGCACCUGUUGCAUCUCAAAUGGGCAGAGCUCUGCUGGAUUUUGUUUGGGUUGUGCGCUUCCACACUGACCAGAUGGUGAGGAGGGGUGUUAUGUUUGCAGUUUGUGCUGUGUUUCUGAGCAUGCCCAGUGAGAACUUGCUCACCGAGCUCGGUGACGACCUGAUGGAGACCAGAGCCUGGCUAGCAGAUGUGGCAGAGAAUGAUUGUGACGCAGACUGCAGGAGUUUGGCGGUACAGAGUUUAAUAUUGUUGGACAAAAACCUCAAAUCUCAGCUGCAGAUCCCAGAUACGGAAACAUGACGAGUGCAUCUCUACUUCUGAUGCCUCAGAUAUAUUAUCACUCGUGGCAAGAGUAACAAACACACUUUGCAGAGCAACAAUAG